AUGGGGUAUCACCGCGUAGCCCCAGGCCCUAGUGCCCAUGUUAAUAGCCGCAAAUCGAAUUCUCCUGGAUCUCGACAAAUUUUACUUCUCAGGAUAGCUGGCUUGGCUAGCGAGCCAUGGCUGGACCCCAGCGGCGUUUUCGAAUCCCAAAUAUCAUCCAGCUUCCAAGGAAAGCUCUUUAUACGCGGCUUGAGCAAGCUGGUGGAGAUCGAUGUCAGCGGCGGAGAUUCGCAGAAGCCAGAAAGAGUUGGAUGCGGCGCGUCGCCGGAAAGAACGCGCGAUGGCCUUGCAAGCCUUAACAGGCAGCACGACUCACAAAACAGAAGCCAGUGUAGAGGC